AUGUCCCUGCAGAAUGCCGUGGAUAGCAUUCCCUGCUAUGUGCAGAUGUCCCGAUUCUUUUUCGUUCUGGCGCCUGUCAUGAAGCACGCAGACACUGGAAAGUUGCUGAGCAAGUACACCUGGACAGUGUCCGAACGGUCCUGGACGAGAAAGCCCGCGGGUGGUGCCGCACGGAGCGAGUCGCCCGGGAGCUGCCUGAGAGGUGUCAAGAAUGUGGCCUUGCUUGCUUGUAACCGCAAGUCUGUGGUCGUGGAGAGUGCAGAGCACCAGUAUCUCAUGGUUCCGUUCGACUCCUGGCUACGCCCAGCUGGCGAGGGCCAGCCUGCUGGCCGCACUUACAUCGAGCUGGUCAUCUACACGGGUAGAUAUCUGACUGAUGGUCACUUUUUCACUUUAAAGGGGCGCAACCUCAUCCAGAAGAAGCUCGACGCGCUUCUGAAGCGGCAGGACUUCCACAGCUAUCGGCUCCUCCUCAACAUGCGGCACAUACACCUGCAGAUGAGGAUGGGUGAGGCCAGGAAGAGAAGCGCGGAGCCUGCAACAGCCGAGGAGGCAGAAGCCCUGCUGGCGAGCUUUCUCCAGGAGAUUCCGAUGGGUGAGAAUCGCUUCAAACGCUUCUCAGACCGCGAGUUCGGAUGGACUCCGACUUGCUUCGCUGCCCUCCGUGGCGAUGCGCCCUUGCUGAAGGCGCUGCUUCGCCGCCAGGCAAACGUGAACGAGUGCGUUAAGGCGAAGGAGCUCGAGCUGCAUGGAGACCCAGGGAUGUCCUUGCUCCAUCUCGCGGCCCAGUUCGGGAACAACGAAGCGCUGCAGCUGCUCAUCCAGGAGAAGGCCGACCUGAACAUCCAGGACCAGCUCGGCUUGACGCCGCUGCAUCGAGCAGCUCUCGGGGACAAUGCCGAGGGUGUGCGAUGCCUGUUCCAGGCCGGUUGCAACCCCACGUGCCGCGAGAAAGUCGCGCACCUCUCCGCCACGGGGCCAGCGGCUGCAUGGGGCUCACUGCGAGGUCUGCAGGCAGUCAUGAAGCACACCCCGUCGUUGGAGCUCCACUUGUGCCUGCAUGUCGCGGUACUUGGCGAAGGAGCAUCCACAGAAUGCGUCACCACCUUGAUAUCCGCGGGGGCACCACUGGAUGCGACGAUGGAUCUGCAUGGGGCAAUCUUAAGUCCGAAGGCGUUCAGGUUGAUGUCGUCCACCCUCAAGAAAGCCUAUGGCCCGUCCUUGAGCUUCAUGAUCUCCAACGCCAUUGGAGCCACGCCGCUGAUCUGCAGCCUCUUAGUCGGCGCUUUCGAGGCGGCUGCUGCGUUACUUGCCGCUCGUGCGGACGUCGACCGCAGAAAGCGUGCGGCGCCACGGCCAUCGAGAUCGCCCGAGCAGUGGACGCGCCGAACUUUGUCAUGA